AUGGCACGCAUCGAGGCGCAGGUCAACGCGCAGAUGAGCGAAGUCUUUCGCGAGCAGGUCACGGACAAGUGUUUUGUCCUGUGCGCGGACGUGGGGAAGAAGCAGAUGUCCCAGCGGGAGAAGGACUGCGUCGAUCGGUAUGUCCCGAAUCAUCCAAUUGACUGCGGCGGUGCGAAUCCCACCAUGCGUACUGACCUGCCCUCGCGUUUCAUCCGCUGGGACACAGAUGUUUGCAUCGCUUUAUUGACGCUAUGA